AAUUGCAGCACUGAAGGAAUGAAUAAGACGAAUUGUCCCGAGAAAUUCUACGCCGGUAGUGGGAUCCUUGCGACUGGAGCAACCGGAUUCCUGGGAGUAGGUGUAAUGGAAGAACUGAUCCGCCUGUGUCCACGCGUCGCUGCCAUUUUCAUACUAAUUCGCCCAAGAACUAACGAAACGAUGGAACAAAGAUUUAAGAAGAUUAUAGAUGAUCCCGUUCUUUCGAGCAAAGUUUACCCCGUGAAAAGUGACGUGAGUCUGCCGGAUUUAAGUCUUUUGCGAGAAGAUAGAAAUCUACUGUUACAGAAAGUAAACAUACUGUUUCACGUCGCGGCCACUGCGAGAUUCAACGAGCCAUUGCACGUGGCUGUUAAUGUGAAUACGAAUGGUACUGCUCGUGUUGUCGAACUUUGGAACGAACUGAGGCAUCCAAUUAGCUUCGUUAGCACAGCUUUUAGUAAUGCGAAUCUAUACGAGAUUGAGGAAAAAGUUUAUACCACGAGCUUGAAACCUUCAGAGGUGGUCUAUAUGUGUGACAAAUUCGACAAAACGUCUAUCAACCAAAUAGAGAAAAAGAUUUUAAAAACUUAUCCAAACACAUACACAUUCAGUAAGAAUUUAGCAGAGCAGAUUGUAGCAAGCAAGUGCAAAGAUCUGCCAGUUGCGAUAGUGCGGCCAAGUAUAAUUGGUGUCUCUUUAAAAGAACCAUGCCCUGGUUGGAUACAGGUUACUUCUGCAUUAACAGAUGUCUUUCUGCUUGUGAGCAGAGGAUGUGUAACAGCGAUGCGGUGUAGGAGAGAUGCAAGAUUGGAUGUAGUGCCUGUCAAUUUCGUAGUCGAUACGAUAAUUUGCACUGCAUGGCAUGUCACGCUACAUCGUGAUCGUGAAGUUAAAGUUUACAACUGCACGAGUAACGCACGUCCUUUUAAGUAAUAUUUAUUACGAAUUUUUUUUAACGAACGUAAUUCGAUUGUUAUAGUAUCUCAAAAGAUUCAGAUUAUUUAAGUAACGUGGACAAUAGAAGAGCAAACAAACAUAGAAGAUCUCAAUAAGUUUAGAAAAAUAGUGAUACAAUAUAAUAUUUAUUUUAAAUUCCAUAACAUUUCCCGAGAUAUUCGUAUGAUAAUAA